AUGGCUACCAUGUUGAACACAAACUCUCUGCAACCGCCUAAAACGGGCACCUCUCGCUGGUCUAAAGCUCUUCCGGAUGUCCCAGGACCCAACGACCCAAGCUUUUAUGACGAUUAUUAUGAGGAAGCUUCCCCUCGUCUGCCACCAGCAAAAGAACUCCCUCCACCACCACCACCACCGCGCUCGACUAGCAUAGGCAGUGCAAACGCAAAAUCAUUGCCACCAUCACUGCCGCCGUUGCAUCUGCUUUCAGUCAAUCUCCCUCCAUCUGGUCCGCCCAAAAUGGCAAUCCCACGUCGACCCAUAGGCAAGCUAUCAGCGAAUCCACCAACACUACCUCAAAAGGAGUCCCAACUGCCAUCUCCAUUGCAAACACCUCCCUCACCUUCGGACUCACUGUCGAGUAUCUUAUCAGCUUACUCACGCUCCUCGGGCGAAUCACUGGUCAGAUCGCCAGACGAAACUAACAGUAUUACUCUCCGAAGUGACGCAAACACAUCUCCGAGCCACCAAGUUCCACCUGCCAACACCAAGACUGGCACGUUGGAAAGCGCCCCCACCCGGCAACACCAUUUUCAGCAACAGCAUCAUCAACAAUAUGAUGCACCCAAGUUGCCCGUCAAGCAAUUUCAACCACUACCGCUUCCUUCUAAAGACAUAAAGUAUCAUCUCCCCGCAAGUCCUGCUCCCAUUCGGAAACCAGUCCCAGAGAAAAAGUCACCUGAACUGAACUCGCCGUCGUCUCAGCAGCAGCAGCCUCAACUUUGGCGUCGUCGAUCUUCAAAGGCCGACCGGGGCAUUGAGCUUCCCGACCUUACGCUUGUGUCUAGUCACGGAUCAACCGCUGCGACACAACCUACUGUUGCACAGCCACCACCCGUUCAACAACAGCCUCCCUCAGUCUCCACAGCCCCGACCUGGCAGCCUGGGAGCACCAACCCAGCAGCUCCUGCUGGCCAGGACGUUCGACAGACGCCAGCUGCUGAGCAGGUGCUUGAGAGCCCAACCAUGGGUAGCAGCAGCUCCAAACUCAACCGUCUCAAGGACAGGCUCCAGUUUCACCGAAGAGGGAAGUCGUCCACAGACACUACCAAGUCUCUAACUCAGCGACCUGGGGCACACCGCCCUCCUACUCCUGAAUAUCAGAAGGAAGAUAUCAAGACACCCAUUGUGGAUUCGAUUGUUUCACCUCUAUCACCCGCUUCAUCCCCAGAGCCUGUUGUGCAGGUGUCGCCAGAGCUUCCUGAUGAUAUCCCCCAAAUAUCUCCCCAGCACCAAAACCAGGAACCUUUGAGAAAUACAGGCAGCAUUACACGAAAAGCUAUUCCAGCUCCCAAGCUUUCAAGUUCCGAGCAGGAUAAACCCUUAUCUGAAUCAUGGAAUUUGAAGAAUGAAUCUCCGUCGGUAGGAUCACUGCCUUCUUCGCUCACGGAUUCGAAGGGCAGUAGAGGACCAUCCAGUAGUGAUACUGCGGUCCACCAGGUUCAACCUCUCGUAGAAGUACCUUCUAGGUUCCCGCCACGAGAUUCAUCCGCUCGAUCGAAUGCUUUGCCCCGACAAUUAUCAGCUGAACACGACCCACGGCUGGUUUCAUCGGAUUCUCAAGGGCCUCUUUACAGAGGUAGAUAUGGUACCCUGUACCCAGAAAUGAAGGUCAUGCAAGAGUACGACCCGCAAGUCGCAUACUUCCCCAAACUGUCCGAAACCCCCAUUGCAGAGGGCACCAUUUUCAAAGCACCACCUCUUAAGAAGUCACACUUCUCUUGUUAUCAUGGACAUAAGACGAUGAACCGCCGGACCAACAGAUAUUACCCAUUAACAUGUCAGACUUGCGACAGGUCAGAUGUUGAAGAUCGAUGGACUUGCACUUUCUGUCAUUUACGAAUAUGCGAACCCUGUGUGAAAAAGCUUCACAACAACAGCAAUGACCUCCGCUGUAUGGUUAACAGCCUGCAGCUUACGGCAUAA